AAUUACACAACCGGGUCAUGGUCACCAGUGUUUAUAAAGCCGAGGUAGUGCAGCAGUAACAAUGCAAAAUGGCGUCCUACAGUGGCCGUGUCUGCAAAUGACAGAUAUCGUAUCCGGUGUUGGGCUGUUUUGUAGCGCUUGCAGUCAUAGACUUUGCAAAUCAUCCCUCGAUGGCACUGGUGGUGCUGUAGCUUGUCUGUAGGUCCACAUCCCGAUCAACUAUGCAGUCUACUUGGCAGAAUUUGUUUCACGAUACGGACCACUACCUUCAGUCGCUGAAAACAUUUGGUGCUGCAUGCGGCGAAUUCGCCGUGUAUGUCCAGUGGAUGGAGACCAUAAUCCAGGAGACCGUAGUGCCGAAAUUGAAGGGUGCGCUUGACCAACAAGGAGACCUUCGAGUCAUGGGAGUUGGUAGUGGAUCUGGCUUAAUGGACUACAAGUUGUUGGUGACACUCUUGCAACAGUUCCCGCGCAUCACUAACUGUGUGCUCGAGCCUCUUGAGGAGCAGCUAAUGAAGUACCAUUCAUUGAUUGAAUCCCAGGCUCUCGAACAGCGAGGCGUAAAUUUCGAGUGGCGACAACAGACGAUUGAGCAAUACGAGAAGGCAGGAAGCUCUGCUAAGUUUCACUUCAUCAUUGCAAUGCAUGUUUUGUACUACUUUGACAACCUUGAAGACUCGCUGAUGUAUCUAUACAGCAUUCUAAAACCUGGAGGAAUUAUUAUGGUCGUUAUUUCUUCAGAUGACAGUGGGACCUCCAGAUUUCGGAGUCACAUGGGCCCUUACCACGAAACGUACAGUGUCACGAGUUCAGCAGAUGUUCGCAAUGUCCUAGACCACCACGGUAUCUCGUACUCGCAGCAUCACGAGCGGUUCCAUGUGAACAUCACUAGCUGCUUCGACGAUGCUUCAGAGGAAGGUAGUAUGGUCUUGGAUUUCCUAAACCACGUGACGAAGUUCAAGGAGUCGGCGACCGAGGAUUUGAAGCAGCAGGUGCUGGAACGCCUGGCGAGCAGCGAGUGCUCUGAGACGACUGGAGAUGAGAUCCUGUUGAAUAACGACUGCGAUACGAUAAUUAUAAGCAAACCAAGAUAAACUGGCAGUAUUCAAGCAAAUCAUCAUGGACGCUCUUGCGCUUCUGUCCUCAGAUUCGUGUGUCAAUUCCCUUGUAUUCAAUUUUGCACUUCUCAAGAACAAGCAGUCUGUAUUUCUUUUAGAAUACUUCUCCCAUAGAUUCUGGUUAAUUUAAACGAUAGAUGGAUAAAGUCAUUAAAUUAAGUACGUCUAUUUGUUGAAAAUCUUCCAGCACUUUUCUAAAUUAUCUUCUCCCAAAAUGUUUUAACCUACACGUACAUGUGUGUGACGCGCACACCAGGGGCGUGUUUUGGCGACCAUGCUACGUUUUGGCCACCGUGAACAUGUUCCAGCUUUGGUCAUUGGUUGCACUUUUUGCGACCUCGGUUUUGCUUAUCUGACGUCAUUGAUCCGACCAAACGGGAACCGAACGUUGCUUUAAACUGGUGGGAAAUAAAUGGACAUCUUUCGUCGCCUCUCGCGCAAAUGAAUCAUACAUUCCAUUUUGUCAUGUGCAGUGAAUUUAAAGACGCAUUCACUUCUAGAAUGUGAACCGACAGAGAAAGUGAGAGCAACAGUGGUAAAAAACAUGUUAAAUGAGGAGUGAAAAUGACAUUUAUCACCAAGGACAUUUCUGUCCUUGUACUUUGGCUCUGUUGGAUGAUGGAAGUGUUUCAGGUUCUUUAUUUUGUUGGCCGCCUUAAACAUGCUUCUGGUUAUUAGUUUAAAGGGCAUAGAAUCUCGAAUAUUUUUUUCUGGUUUGAAGUCGCCAGAACACGCUUCAGUAUACAUAUGCAUAAAAAACUGGUUAAUGUACUGGGUGGUUCAAAAAAAGUUUAAAGUAAUUGGUCCCCACAUCCUGUCUUCUGGAAAAUUGUAUUUACUUAGUGUUGAUAAGUAUGGGUUUUAGCAAUAAUCCUGAGAAAAUGGUGGGUAAAGCUUAAAUGUAUCUCAAGAUAUCACUCAUUACGGAUGGCAUGUACAAAUUGGUCUGUCCACAUGAGCUCACAGUUAUGAUUGGAUACAACAAAGAUAGUGAUCAAAAGUUCGACAAUUAUGAAAGUCCUGUGGACAAGUCAGGUUUGUACAUGCCGUCUGUAAUGGGUGGUAUCUUGGCGAUAAGUUUUCUAUCACUUUUAUUGAUUUGUUUUAAUUAGAUUUUUCAAAUUUACCAGAAAGAAAAUUAAAGUAACUUGGCCUUUCGGAAGUACCACUUGUUUCACCCGCAUGACUGUCAGAACGACAAUCAACACAGGGCACUUUAAAAUGUAUACCGGCACUUGAUGACCUGUAAUGAAUAUAAGGAGAUGAAAAGUCAUACGCUGCACCGCAGAGGUUAACUUUUGAAACGUGUCCUCUGGUCAUUGCUGGUAGAAAUAUGAACCAACUCACUUCCUGUCCACAUGUUCAUGCAUGAUGUUGUACUCUUCAGUAAUCCAUUACUCUUACAGGUAGGGUCAAUGUAAAAUUUGAAAGGGGGUGCACACAAACCUAUAAUGAAAUUGUAACUUCUACAGACACCGUUCAGGCAUGGGCAUAUUGCCCGUACCUCUGAAAAACAAAUGCAUGUUAUGAAAUAAUUUUUCUGAAUAUGUGGAGACAUUAAAGCAGAUCGACACACCAUCUGUCUGUGUUUCCUGUUGGAUUGAAAGAGGUGAAGAAUGUGCAAGCUAUUUCAAAACUUUGAAGACGUCUUGAAGCUUUAGCUACAAAAUUUAAAACAAAUUAUACAGGUGUUACCGGUGUUUUUCAUUAAAAUGGAGUAAACAUUUCAUUUAGGCUAUCGAAUCCUGUCAAAAUCUUGUUGGCGUAUGACCAAUGUCUAUUUGUGGAAGUGUCAGCUACCCCCAGCGCGUAUAGUCAGGUACUUCUGUGUUACAAACUGCUCAUUCCAUGCGUGCACGCAUGUAGCCAGAACUUCAAACAGCUGUAAGAACAAAACCACCUGACUGAUUGAGUUCAAAAUUCUCAGUAAUUUUUGCAAUGAUAAAGGGUGUCGGUACUUUAAUGCUUAGUUUGAAGAAAACCUAACCUAACCCCCCAAUACCGUAUCGAAGUGAAAUAAACCUAUGG